AUGGACAUUACUCUCAAUGCGGUCCAAGGCCGAAGGGCACAGAGGUUACUCGAACUCCACAAGCAAUAUGGACCUAUUGUUCGCCUUGGGCCGAACGAAGUCUCGGUUGGAGAUUGGAGAUAUUACCGGCACAUCUACGGAAAUGCCAAAACGACAACCAAAGAUGAGGCUUUCUACAGCUCCGCCACUUUAAUAGGAAAACCCAACUUAUUCGAAAUGAGGAACAAAGACCUUCACGCAGCACGGCGAAAACUAACUGCCAGCCCAUACUCGAUGGCGUCCAUGAAAACGCUUGAGCCCCUAGUAGCCGAAAGGGCGGACGCUUUGGUCUCUCGUCUGAUCUCGAGCUCGUCAGUGUCGGGAACUGCGGACGUAUUCGAGCUUUGUGCCUUGUUUAGCAUGGAGGUGAUUUGCAAAGCAGGAUUUGCCAAAGACUUCACUGGUACCGCCGAUGACGACGCUCGUGCCGUCAUAAAGGCCAUGGAACUAAGUGCCUUCCAACUCCUUUUUAACACCGCGAUGCCGUGGCUGAAGAAGACUGGUUUGGCAACGAAAUUACCGGGCCUCAUCGGCGAUUCAUACCGUGGUCACGAAUACUGGAUUGUCAAAAGCCGCGAAAUGGUCGACCACCUCAUGUCACAGCAAUCGUCGGCGACCACCAAGAUGGCCGGAAAUUGCGAAUUCCUCCUCACUCCAAUCCUCACCGGGACCGACUCACACCUAGGCCGCAAGCUCACCCAUGAAGAAAUCGUCGAAGAAGCAAUGGGUAUUAUGUUUGCUGGAAGCGGGACCACCUCCGCCACGUUGAUGUAUCUUCUAUACUCGCUCUCAAUUCCGGAAAACAAACCUAUGCAAACACGGUUACGGGAAGAACUGAGGACCGUCGCGGACCCGGAAGACCUGGUCACCAUAAAAACCCUCCCUUACGUCAACGCCGUCAUCAAGGAAACGUUCCGCCUCUAUCCUACUAUCAUUUCGACCCUCCCUCGUAUCCUGGACGAAAGCUUGGUGGUCGACAACCACAUCCUCCCCGCUGGCACCGUUGUCGGCAUGCAGAACUUCGUUCACCAUCGCGACCCCACUCUCUUCCUCAAACCGGAUGCCUUCAUCCCGGAACGGUGGCUCCAAACGUCACAGGGAACGCGGCCAUGCAACCAGGAAGGUAUUCUUCUCGAGGAGAUGAACCAAGCUCUGACCCCUUUCAGCAUUGGCCGACGAAAUUGCAUCGGCCAGAAUCUGGCCUGGUCGGAGCUGUACAUCGCGGUCAACAAGGUUUUCAGAAGAGUUGAACUCGAUCUCGCCCAAGAAAUGAUGCAGGGCGUCGGAAAGGGUGGAGUCAGAGGCGAAGAGGACAUGGAAAUGGUGGAUCGGUUUGCCGUAGUCCCUAAGGGAAGGAAGUGCAUUGUACAAGUCAAGGAACUCUAG